CUCAGAUUGGAGAAGAGGAUGUCGGAAUCACGGUUGACAUAUUUCACGUGUACUCUCGGCCAAGCUGCAGAGUGGAACAAGAAACAUCCUCAUCAUUACACGACUGUCAAUCACCUCGUUGACGAACAAGCCGAGAGCUCGCCUCUCCGACAAGCAAUCAACUUUCCGAAUAUUGGUCCCGACAAAAGUAGUAACCAUGCAAAGUCGGAAUUCACAUACCAAGAGCUACGGGCGCAUUCAAUCGCAGCUGCAAGAAAAUUUGAUCUAAAACUUCAGGAAACGAACCUCAAUAGCUCGUCUGUAGUCGGCCUUCUGUGCACGAGCACCCCCGAGUUCCUCCUUGCAUGGCUGGGAUUGAUGAGACUCGGAAAGUCGGUCUUGUUGCUUGCUCCUCAGCUAGACGGGAAUGCGAUCAAGCACCUUUGCAGUACUUUAUCGGCGGAGGUGAUCUUUGCGGACUCCCGUCUUUACGAAAUUGCUAAGCACGUUGACGAUCAAAUUGGAGCCAUCAACCUCAGUGACGUGCUUGAAGCUCCACAGGUGGGCGAUUCAUACUUAUCAACCAAUAUCAAAUCUAGUGAUGUUGCUUUCCUAUUUCACACGUCAGGCACAUCGUCGGGAUUGCCCAAGAGCAUUCCGCAGACUCAUCACGCAGCAGUAGGCGUGCUUCCAAAUUUGUCUGCCAGUCAAGGGCAGGCUACAUUCUCCACCACACCACUGUAUCAUGGAGGCAUAGCAGAUUGUCUACGUGCCUGGUCGAGCGGCGCCACCAUUCACCUCUUUCCAGGAACGCAACCAAUUACCACGACGAAUAUACUGCGAGCACUUGACCAAGCGAACAAACAUGCAGAUAGGGCAUGCACUGUUAAGUACUUUACUUCUGUACCUUACAUCCUGCAGAUGCUCGUCGCAGAGCCAGCAUCAUCGGAAGGAUCCCAGGGAAUAUUGGCCUUACAGCAGAUGGAUCUCGUUGGCGUUGGUGGUGCAGCACUUCCGACUUCGCUUGGAGACGAACUAGUCUCGAAUAGUGUGAACCUGGUCUCACGAUAUGGCAGCGCCGAAUGUGGAUUCUUGCUUUCUUCACAUAGAGAAUACGAGAUAGAUCACGAAUGGUCGUGGCUGAGAUCAGAUCCCAUUCUGCAGCCAAGAUUCUAUGACUUUGAGCCUCAAGCAAAUGCCAGCACCGGAGAUGAGCCUGAGUUGUAUGAGUUUGUGGUGAAGCCUGAAUGGCCGCACAGAGGAAAGACUAAUCGACCGGAUGGAUCCUUUGCAACAGCUGAUCUGUUCGAAAAACACCCAUCUGUUCCGAAUGCCUGGCGCUAUCACAGUAGAGCGGAUGCCCAGAUCGUACUCGUGAACGGCAAGAAAUUCGAUCCUUCGCCGAUCGAAGGUGAAUUGCUAGCAUCAGCGGCUGGUCAACGAUUCAUCAAAGAUGCUUUGAUUUUUGGCACGGGCCGUGAGGUCCCAGGACUCUUGUUGAUUGCCCGUGACAGCAAGAAUGGCAUUGACGAAGAGCAUCUCGUGAAGGAGGUCUGGUCCACGAUUGAAGAGAUGAAUAAAGACACCCAGAACCAUGCCAGGAUAAGCCGUGCAAACAUCGUUAUUGCAAGAAACCAAUCGUCUGAUGCAUUGGCGCUGCCCAAGAGUAGCAAGGGCACGAUUCUACGGAAGCAAGCGGAGGCCUUAUUUCAAGCUGUUAUAGAGAGGGCUUAUGGAGAUACAACCGGUGAUGAUGCCUCGCACGGUAAAUCGCUUGGCGACAUGUCGGAGGAACAUAUUUCGGAAGUGCUCUCCAAGCUGUUCGACGAUGUUCUGGGUCGGCAUAUCGAGCCAUCAAGGGAUCUAUUCACGCAAGGCGUGGAUUCGAUCGCCUGCAUGCAGCUAAGAAAGCGUAUCAGCAAGACACUUCUCGAUUCUUCUGACACGGCUCUUCCUCUCAAUGUCAUCUACGACCAAGGCUCCAUUGAUCGUCUGUCGCAAUACAUAUUCAAGAGGCGCAAUCCGAAUGACGCAUACCAUGAGUCCGAAGAUGAUCAGUCUAGAGAAGAGCAGCGCAUGCUGGAUUUACUGGAUACAUACCGACAUCAGAUAAAACCACCAAGGACUGCCCACAGUCAAGAUAGAAAGCGGAACGUUGUUCUGACAGGUGCUACUGGUCUUCUUGGUGCUCAUCUGCUAGAUUUGCUCCUGCAGGAUCCCGAUGUUGCUCAGGUCACCUGUUUGGUAAGAGCAACAAGCAUCAGCGAUGCAGCAGAGAGAGUGUCCAACUCACUCACGGCCCGAGGAUUGACUGCUUCUGGAGGCUCAAGGGAGAACCAGGCACGUCUAGCGUGUCUACCGUGCGAAUUGGACAACGACAGGCUCGGACUCAUGGAAGGCGAAUGGAAGAAAACCGCCGAUGAGACCACACUGAUUGUUCACUCUGCGUGGCCGGUAAAUUUCGCACUCCGGCUCGGAUCUUUCGAGAGUCAGCUUGCUGGUCUUCGAAACCUGUUGCGCUUGAGAGAUGCCACUCAAGACUCCGCAGCUCACUUUGUAUUUGUUUCCUCAAUCGCUGCCGUAUCUGCUGCAAGUGUCACAGAUGCACCGAUAUCAGAGAGUUUGAGCUUCAACCCAGCCGAUGCUUCUCCUCUAGGAUAUUCAAGAUCUAAAUGGGUUGCGGAGAGAAUAUGCGCUUCGAAUGAGGUUGAAGGACCACGAGCGGAGACGGCAGGUACGAUGGAAUACUCGCCAAUCACAAUUAUUCGAGUUGGGCAGCUUUGUGGCAACGUCAAAGGCGCGUGGAACAGGACCGAAGCAUACCCGCUCAUGCUCUCUGCCGCCAAGAUCACAGGAUGUCUUCCAAGGCUUGACAAUGCCCUUACCUGGCUACCGGCUGAUCAAGCUGCGAGAGCCAUAAUCGAGAUCUCCUUUGAGCCCAUUAAUCGGAAAAGUAAUGCAACAACAUUGUACCACGUGCUAAAUCAUCAUCAAACCCCAACAUGGAGCGAAACCAUGUCAGAGAUUGUCGAAUCUGCGCGGUCUGCUGCCAAGGAAGAUCCCGCCAAGGGAGGUUCAAAAGCGCCAUGGGCAGAUGUCGAAUUAGUCCCGCCAUCCUCAUGGCUCCAACGUCUUGAGCAGGCGCUAGAGACCACCGAUCAUCCAGCGCGAUCAUUGCUUUCUCUUUGGAAAAGCGCACAUGCGACAGAACAGCAGAGCGUGGCACCAGAGUUCUGCAGUGAUGAAGCACAGGCUGUUUCAGAAACUAUGCGCAAAGUGCAGCCUUUGAGAAAGGAAGACGUGAUGCGGAUGUGGUCGUGGAUUGACAAGGACGAGCAGACCGCCUCUCAAGCAUGAGUGCCUACAAAUGGGACAUACGGCCGUCGACGGCUGCGUCGUGUGGACUCAGCCGAUAACGACCAUCGGAUUGUUGCU